AUGGCGAAAAGCGUAACAAAAGCGGCAGAGAAUAUUACGUUCAGUGACGGUUUUUUGGUAGGCGUUCAUGUACGCCGUACUGAUAAACUAAUUAGAGAAGCCAAGUAUCACCCGCUUGAAGACUAUAUGAAACGAGCUGAAGAGUGGUUUCAAAUUCAGGAGCGUCGGCUUCACAUUUCUAUUCAACGGAAAAUUUAUUUAGCGACUGACGAAACUACAGUUAUUGAUGAAGCAUUUGAAAAGUAUCCAAAUUAUCAAAUCUUUGCAAAUAAAGUCAGAUCUUUUCACGCCAAAGUUGAAACCAGAUACACAGAAGAGUCCAUCGAGAGUGCAGUGAUAGAUAUUUAUAUGUUGUCAAGAUGUAAUCACUUGGUUUGCACGCUAAGCUCUGGAGUUUGUCGCCUUGCCUAUGAGUUAAUGCAGUCGCAGUCCUUUACGACCGGAGACGUUGUUACUUCUUUAGACGAUGACACUUACUCAAGAGUACAAGUGGCUGUGUACAAGCACAAGGCUCAGUCUGAGCAAGAAAUUGACUUUGAUGCUGGAGAUCAGUUGACGUAUUUCACCAACCACUGGAAUGGCUAUACCUACGGUAGAAAUUGGAGAACCGAUCGUACCGGUAUAUAUCCGUCUUAUAAAGUUCGAGACAAGUGGAAUACGUACUAA